AACUCCAAAUCUUGCAACAGAAGAAGUACAAGACGACCAAAGUUUUGUUCUGUCUCUCUCCUUGUCCGUAUCUCCACCGUCAAAGCCAAAAUCUCAUUCCUUUUACCAAAGAAACACUCUUUCAUUUCAUGGCCGACAAAACCAUGGCUUCACCGGGAAAAUCACCGAGGAAAUCACCCACCGUCGUCACCGUGCAACCGUCGUCCCCCAGGUUCCCGAUCACCACCACACCGACAGCCGGAGCUCAGCGCAAGAUCGGGAUCGCCGUCGAUCUAAGCGACGAGAGCGCCUACGCAGUCCAAUGGGCUGUUCAGAACUAUCUCCGAUCAGGCGACGCCGUCGUGCUCCUCCACGUUCAGCCGACGAGCGUCCUCUACGGCGCCGACUGGGGAGCCAUUGACUUGUCUCCGCAGUGGGAUCCUGAGAACGAAGAGUCUCAGAAGAAACUCGAAGACGAUUUCGAUAUUUUCACCAACAAGAAGGCUAGCGACGUUGCUCAGCCUCUGGUCGAGGCGGAGAUACCGUUUAAGAUACAUAUCGUGAAAGAUCACGAUAUGAAGGAGAGGCUGUGUUUGGAGGUUGAGAGGUUAGGGCUCAGUACUUUGAUCAUGGGUAGCAGAGGGUUCGGCGCUACGAAGAGGAGCAGCAAAGGGAGGUUAGGGAGUGUUAGUGAUUACUCUGUUCAUCACUGUGCUUGCCCGGUGGUGGUUGUUAGGUUUCCAGAUGAUAAGGACGGAGAGGAUGAGAAAAAUGGCGAGAAUGGUGCUGAGAGUCUGGUAGAAAGCGAUAAGCUUCAUACGGUUCUUGAGGUUGCUGAGGAAGAAGGAGACAAGGAGGAGUAUCAUGAUGCUUCGGAUAAGCAGCAGCAUCAACAAGCAGAAGGAGACCUCUCUAAGGAGACAUAGAAGGAGAAGACAAAGCGGUUUUAUGUGCCCUUGGGGUUGUGUUCAUCGUCUGGUGUUUGGGGGUUUUUUAGAUCUUUUGAGUUGUAAGUAUUUGUCAUGCGAGUUUUUUUUGUUUUUUUGAACUGUGUGGAAGUUCAGACAUGAAUGGAUUCAGUGUCUUGUGUUUUGUCUUUGAAAAAAAAAACAGUUGAAAAAUA